AUGGAGCGGGCAAUUGAUCGUACGGAUCAGUAUCCAAGUCAGUGGGAGCUAAGUAAACUAUUGCUCAAGUGUAAAAUGGAGAACUCACCACUAACGAGAAUGCGGAUAAUCGUUCUCCUGGCUGUACUGUAUUCGACCCGAUCGUCACCGACAAGAUCAACCAACUCUGAAUCAGCUGAGUCUUAUGAAGACGAAGAAGAGAGUUGGGAAUGUGGUACGGACGCGUUCAGCAAGUACUUCAGCGAAAAUCAGAUCGAAUUGGAUUGUCCGAAACUGAAGAAAACAGUGAACCAAUGCUGUGUAUCACACGAUAAAUGUUACGAUGACCAACUCGGCCGGAAGCAUUGCGACGACACCUUCUGCGAUUGUUUAGAUAGGGUAACCCGUGGAUACGAGGUCUGCAACAAGGAAGAUGGGCCACUGUUCUGCGGUAUGGUACGGCAAUUCGGUGCAGAUGCUUAUCUGCGAUCGGGUAAUCAUACAGUAUCACUUGAAGAGUCACAGGAUGAAAUAAUUCAUGCAGCUCCCAAUAACACCAAUACUAACAGUUCUUCAUCUCACGACUACGAUUACGAGUCCGCUGUCAGCGCUAAUGACACUGCCAUUGAGAAUUUUACACGGGAGAAAACUGAUCUCUUGGAAGUUUUACUACGAUCUGCAUGA